CUUCAAACUUCUUCCAUACACACAACUUGAAAGCUUUACUUCGUCAUUGGGUAUACCACAAUCUCAUAGAUUUGAUACUAGACUGGAAGAUAGUGACACGAAUCGGGUACCCCUUCCAAGAGCCGUUACCCCUCCCCGCCCCGCCAUCUUCAACCUCACUCUCACUCAACCUUGACCUCGAUUCGGAAGGUAGCCCAUUAUGACGACAAGAUACAGAGUAGAGUAUGCUCUCAAGACCCACAGACGAGACCAGUUCAUAGAAUGGAUCAAAGGUCUUCUGGCAGUCCCCUUCGUCCUCUACUCCCAGCCCACCGGCGUCUUCGACACAAGAGCGACGAGCAUAGCCCGCAUGGCAGAGGAAUCCCACCGCCGCUACGCCGAAAUCUUUCGCGACGUUGAGCACAUGAUUGACGACCACAUAACCCGUCAAGACGAAGACCUCCCCUCAAAACUGAAAAUGCUCGUCCCGUCAGCGGGGCCUUUUUUCACCCGCCUCCCCCUCGAAGCAGCCUUCACCCUCAUGGACGCAAAACGCCUCAUCUCCUCGCGCCGCUACGUCUCCCCCUCCUUCAACGACGUCCGCCUCAUCCUCAACGCCGCCCAAAUCCUCGCCGUCACCAGUCCCAGCCCCAGUCCAAACCCAUCCAACACCACCACCGCCACCUCCCUCCAACUCGCAACCUUUGACGGAGACGUAACCCUCUACGACGACGGCGAAUCCCUCCUCCCCACCUCCCCCCUCAUCCCCCGCCUCCUCUCCCUCCUCCGCCGCGACAUCAAAAUCGGCAUCGUCACAGCAGCAGGCUACACGACAGCAGACCGCUACUACGACCGCCUCCACGGCCUCCUCGACGCCAUCGCCGCCUCCCCCGACCUGACCCCGACCCAAAAGGCCUCCAUCGUCAUCAUGGGCGGCGAAGCAAACUACCUCUUCGAAUACGACCCGUCCUCCCCGCACCUCCUGGCCCCCGUCCCGCAGGAGCAGUGGCUCACGCCCGAGAUGGCAUCCUGGUCCGACGCCGACAUCUCCGCGCUCCUCGACGUCGCCGAGGGCGCCCUGCUCGAGUGCAUCCGCACCCUCAACCUCCCCGCCACCCUCCUCCGCAAGGACCGCGCCGUCGGCAUCGUCGCAACCGACCCGGCCGUCCGCAUCCCGCGCGAGUCCCUCGAGGAAACCGUCCUCGUCGUCCAGAAAAUCCUCGAGCUCUCCGCGCUGGGAUCGCCCGCCCAAGCAGCCGGCCACAGCACGAUCGCGCCCUCUGCCUCUGCUUCUGCCUCUUCCGCCGAACCGGCUGCCGCCGUCCGCCGCCGCGUCCCCUUCUGCGCCUUCAACGGCGGCCGCGACGUCUUCGUCGACAUCGGCGACAAGUCGUGGGGCGUGACCGUCUGCCAGCGCUGGUUUGCCGCCAAGGCGGGACACCCGGAGACCCCAAUCGCCGGCGAGAAGACGCUGCACAUUGGCGACCAGUUCCUCAGCGCCGGCAGCAACGACUUUAAGGCCCGGAGCGUGGGUACCACUGCGUGGAUCGCGAGUCCCGGGGAGACGGGCGAGCUUUUGGAUGAUUUGAUUGCGAGGAUUUGAAAAAAGACCAAAAAGCAAAAAGAAAAAGGAGAGAGAGAGAGAGAGAGAGAAAGAAAUCGAGGAGGCACGAUAAUGAUUCCUCUCGAACAACGUUCUCCGCCCUCCCUUCUCUGGCUGCGUGACACCAGCCACCGACGACCCGGCCCCCUACGACACCUCGAGGCCAUAAAAACAAUGUCGAAAGAAUAGCUUUGUCAGUCUCGAAGUAGUAUUCGUCAAGGAUUGGUAAAGGGCUAUCGGGGAGAGAGGACACUGGGCUGUCGAUUGUAGAAGACGACCAAACGAGGUUCAGUAGCAGGUUCAUCCACAACGCUUGUCUCCGAAAGGGGAAAUUGCUGGCC